AUGUCGCCUAAAAAAUGUCUGGAGCAUUUCCAUGAUCCACCGAAAUGCCAAGCAAAGAACAAACUAGUUUACAUCAAAACUCACAAAACAGGCAGUACUACUCUGGCGUCUAUUCUGGAACGAUUUGGUUAUACAGGAAAUCUUACAAUGGCAGUACCUGAAAUUAGACAUGGUUUUCCUCGCACUAAUCUCUUCAACCGCAGUAUGGUUUGGAAAAUUGAUAAUAUUAGUAGUUUUGAUAUGCUUACAAAUCACGCCAGAUACAAUCGUCCAGAACUUGAUGCACUGAUACCAAAUGCAACAUAUAUAACAAUAUUAAGACAUCCUUUGGCGCAGUUUGAAUCAAUGUUUGGUUUCUUUAAUUGGGGAAGACAUAUACAUACCAAGGAUCCAAUCGCUACAUUUGUAAACGAUCCUAAAUACAUAAAUGCCACCAUUUACGGUAGAGCAACACAUAAUUCACAACUAUUUGACCUUGGCUUGAGUUUAAAACAGACACUUGAUGAGGACACAGUAAACAAAAAGAUACAAUCACUAAACAAAGAGAUGGAUUUAGUAUUAAUAACUGAAUAUUUUGACGAGUCGCUACUUAUAUUACGUGAUUUACUUUGCUGGUCAGUGGAUGACAUAUUGUACAUAUCCAAUGGUGUACGAAGUCUACAUUUACGACGAAAUUUUGACCGCGGCUGUCAAAAAGGAAAUACUGAAGCGAUGCAAAUCUGA